AUGCCUGCCACGGCCUGCUUUGCCAGCACUGUGCUCCCCGAGGUUUAUGUCGAGCCCAAGGCUGGCAUGAUCCGCAUCAUUGGACCCGUUGUCAGGGAUCUGCUCAAGCACAUUACCCGGCGGAUCCAUGAGGGCCCCCUUCUGGAAAUUCGCCAGGAGUCACGGGAGUCCGUUCUGGUCACUUUUCUUCAUGCCACCCACGCGAUGGCCUUCCUCCAUUCGUCCGAUGAAAUGGAGAAGACCUGUGGCUCCUCCCGCAUUGGACACGGGUACAAGAUCGAGAUGGUCGAGACCGCGGAUUGGAAGGAAGAACAUCUGCGCAUGAACCAGCCUCUACGUGAGCGCCGUCGCCUUUCCUUUGCGCGCAAGAAGAUGUUCUCCGAGGGCAUGAACCCUACCAGAUGGGAACACGACAUCCACCGCCUCGUUGGCUCCAUGAACAUCGACUUUCUCUUCGUAUUUAAUUCAGGUAAUGCCACUGUUGUUUUCAACAGCACCGCUGCCGCUCGCGUUGUCCAUGACGCGUUUCAACGGUGGAAGGACGUCCCCGGCGCCUACCAUGGGGUCUUGGUGUCGUACUCCUCCGACCCCUGCGAGAAGGAGCUGAUCCUCGUUCGCGAGGCACCGCGGUUAUCGUACAACCGCUACAAUCGUCGCAACGCUCACUGA